AAUUAUGUUACAUAAGAAGCUGGUCGAAAAAUGGCUCUUUUAGUAUUAAGGGUGAACCCCAAUUUAUUGGUAAUUAAUGAUAAAAAAACGAUCUGUGCUUUAUGUAAACUCUUGGUGCCGAGAGGGCCUGCCUUUUUCCAUCCUUUUACACUUUUUAACACAAAUAAGAAUGCCAAGAGCGGGAGAAAGAUUACCUUUAGCAAGCUUUUUCGAACGUAAGCCGGCGUCGAAGUUUCAAGAAGCCGCGCCAUCUAUUGGAUUUUUUACACCGUUAUCGCUUUCGCAACAAUACGUGGAAUGUAUUUUUAAGUUUUGAUUUUACACCUUUAAUCACAUUCAACCGAAGCGAACAUGAUAGUUAGUACCAAUGUUUUCAAGGGAUCGUUCCCGAAACGAAUGAUAGUAACAGUAAUGAUAUUUGUUGCAUGUACGGCAUCGUUCAUGCUACGUGUGCAUAUGUCGAUAAAUCUUCUGGCAAUGAUACAACCAACCGUAUCAAACGACAGUUUCAUUAUAACGAGCAGUACAAUCGCGAUCUCCUCAAAUCAGGAACACUCCAAUGAAACAUUCACCAAAGAUGAUAAUCUUGUCGUACCUACUCUAGCCGUGCCCGACUACGGUCCUCGUUACGAUUGGAAACAAAACAUACAAAGCCACAUCCUUGGAUCCUACUUCUAUGGCUACCUGUUGACUUCCCUUCCUGCUGGACCGCUUGCAGAGCGAUAUGGUCCUCAGCGCUUGAUUGGAUAUUCAUUCCUUCUCUGUGCGAUUGUUACCGCAUUGUUUCCUCUACUUGCCGCCAUCGAUGUGUGGUGUGUCAUAGCUGGACGUUUUAUGAUUGGUUUUCUCAGCGGAUUUGUGUAUCCCACGCUGCACAACGUUAUCUCACGCUGGAUUCCACCGAAUGAGAAAAGCAAAGCUGUGGCUUGUAUUGCAGGAGGAAGCACCUUUGGCACUGUCAUUACAUGGCCGUUUGCUGGCCUGCUAACAGAACACUUCGGUUGGGUUUACGCAUUUUACGUUCCUGCUUUGUUGUCUGCCUUGGUUGGAGUUAUUUGGUUUUGGCUGAUUGCUGACUCUCCAAGAGAUCAUAAAACAAUCACAAAGGAGGAACGAGAUCUAAUAGAAGCAUCGUUUGGUAGUACAGUAUCGAAAACUAAGGCAAAGCCACCGCUGGGAAAAGUUGUCACAUCUUUACCAUUCGCAGCACUUGUUCUAUCGCAUUACAGUAGUUUUUGGGGGCUUAACUUUUUCGUUACACAGGCACCCAAGUUUAUUAACGAAGUACUUGGCUUUAACCUAACCAACGCUGGUUUCCUCUCAAGCUUACCCUAUUUGGCACGCAUGUUUUCGGGAUUUUUCUUCGGAAUCAUAGGUGAUGGUUUGCGACGGAAUGAAACAAUGACUGUCACUGCUCUACGAAAAUCAUUCAUCGUGUUUUCACAUUUCCUGCCAGGAGCAUUCUUGAUCGCACUUCCUUUUAUCGCACAGAAUCCAAUCGUCACCGUGUCAUGCAUUAUAGCUUGUCUCGGUUUUAACGGUGCUUCAACGAUUACUAAUUUAGUGAAUGCACAGGAUUUGGCACCGAACUUUGCUGCCACUUUGUAUGGCAUGAUGAACUUUCUUGCAACGACGGCAGGAUUCCUAGCACCCAUGACAGUAGCUUUCUUCACAUCGGAAAAGAAUACUAUGGACGAAUGGAAGUAUGUGUUUCUGCUUACCGCUGGGUUUUACAUCGUUUCCGGUAUCUUUUUUAUUGCAUUUGGCUCCGGUAAAGUUCAGAAAUGGAACGAAAUUAAACAACAACCAGCUGCAGUAUCUACAGAGCCUGAAGUCCUAAGUGUAAAGUAAUAGACAAAACUUUGUAAAUUACCCCUUUUUGUGUAAUAUUAUGUAAUAAUAUAUGAUAUUCCACUACGUUGCCUA